AUGGCUUCCCCCAACGAGAAGGAUGAUUUUCCUAUGCUUCCUAUUUCAGACUCAUCACCUUCGUCUCGUGCUAGGCCUUUCACUUCCAAUUUUCGUAGCAUUUCCCUAUCAAACACUUCCAAUAGUGCGAAUGUGGUUUUAGGUUACACAGGUCCUCUUGGAGCACAUAGACAACCACCAUCAGUGCAAAUGAGUGGCCCUCUUUCCUCUACUCCCAGUCCUGUGCCUCUCUUUCUUCCUCCUCCUCCUACUGGUGGUUCUUCUCAUUCAGUUGGUGUCUCCUCCACUCAGCCUGAAAGGUGUCCUUCUUUUACUGCUCUUGAACACAAAAACUCAGACGAUGAAUUCGGCUUGAAAGACGCACAUCUCUUGAGAUCUGGACAUCUUGAGAUGUGCAAUGAUCGUUACUGUACAACUUGUCUUUCUUACUACAACGGCAAAACUACCCAAAUCCCCACUUCCAGAGUUUCUGCCAUUUUCGAUUCCACGUCCCGUAAUGCUAUGUGUGAUGAUGCUAAAGGCUGGGCUACGCGGUCGGUUAAUAAAAACUUAACCGGAAUCAUUAAUCCUCACUACAAAUUCGUUCAGAGGUGGACUAGAUUAUUUGCCUUAUGGUUGGUUAUUUUUAUAGAUCCCCUCUUCUUGUUCCUCAUAAAAGUCAAAAAGAACGAUAAAUGCAUUAUGAUCGACUGGCCGGUGGCGAAAGCAUUUAUAGCUGUUAGAAGUGUAACGGAUGUUUUAUUCUUUCUAAACAUUCUGCUUCAGUUCCGUUUGGCAUAUGCAGCUCCUGAGUCUACUGUUGUUGUUGUUGGUGCUCGCCAGUUGUUUGAUCUUCCUAGAAAAAUUGCUCGUCCUUACUUGCAAGGCAAGUGUUUACUGGACUUAUUCAUAGUGCUGCCACUUCCACAGAUAUGGAUAUUUUGGAUAUUACCAGCACACUUAGGCGCAUCUGGGGGCAACUAUGCAAAAAACUUUCUAACCGCUGCAGUUCUUUUCCAGUACAUUCCAAAAUUGUGUAGACUAUUACCACUUCUUGCUGGAAAAACACCGGCAGUCUUUCUAUUUGAUUCGGCUUGUAGUUUUGUUGUUAAUCUUCUCACCUUCAUGCUUGUUGGUCAUGUUGUUGGCUCUUGCUGGUAUCUUUUUGGUCUACAGAGGGUUAAUCAUUGCCUUCGAGAUGCUUGCGGUAAUUCUCAUCAAGAAUGCAGAGAACUAAUAUAUUGUGGUCAUGAAAAUAGUCACGUAGCAUUAGCUGCGUGGAAAGAUAAUGAGAACGCAAGUGCUUGUUUUCAAGAGGAUGGUUUUCCUUAUGGAAUCUAUUUAAAGACAGUCAAUCUCACCAAUCAUUCUAGCCUCUUCACAAGAUACAUUUACUCUCUUUUAUAUAUGGGGUUUCCAGCAAAUCAGCACGCUUGCUGGAAACCAAGUCCCAAGUUACUUUCUUGGGGAGGCCUUUUUUACUAUGGUGAUUAUCGCACUGGGCCUUUUGCUUUUCCCACUUCUUAUUGGAAUUUGGAAAUGAGUCAUAAACGGUUUCUAGAAGGUAUAAGAGGGAGGGUGCGAGUGGUUGAGUGGGUGAACUGGGCUGCCACCACAGGAUUUAACAGAAAGAUUCUAUUUGAGAAUAUGCCUAAUGACUUUCAAAGAGAUAUAAGACGACACCUCUUCAUAUUUCUCAAGAAGGUAAGGAUAUUUUCAACGAUGGAUGAUACAAUCUUAGAUGCCAUUCGUGAGAGGCUGACACAUAGGAGAUACAUAAUUAGUAGCACGGUUUUGCACCGCGGAGGUCUAGUUGAGAAAAUGGUAUUUAUAGUGAGAGGUGAGAUGGAGAGCAUUGGAGAAGACGGUUCUGUUCUUCCUUUAUCAGAGGGAGACGUUUGUGGUGAAGAACUCCUCAUUUGGUGCCUCGAACACUCUUCUGAAAACCCCGAUGGAACGAGGAUAAGAAUUUCAUCAAAGGGGUUAGUAAGCAACAGAAGUGUUAGGUGCCUAACAGACGUGGAGGCUUUUUCCCUGAGUGUAGCAGAUCUUGAAGAUAUAACGAGCCUGUUCUUGAGAUUCCUAAGAAGUGAUAGAGAGCAAGGAGCCACUAAGAGGCUGCGAUCAGGAGCAGCUAGGCAGAUUCAAGUUCCUCGGAGACACCGAAGGAGAAGGCGACGGCUUCAGAGAUUUUACACUGCUCAGACUAGUUUACAACCUUUAGAUUGUAAUCUUCGUUCUUAAUGAUGCUAUGAGCUUGGUGGUGUUAUCACUGGGAGGUGGUGUUAUCACUGGGAGCAUACACAUGCAAAAUAAAAAUAAAAUAAAAAGUGGCAAAUGUGAAAAGGAAUUUAGCAAAGAUAUCUCAAAUCUGCAUAUUUA